UGCGAUGAGCAGAUGUAUUUAGCUGAAAAUGUACUUCGAAAACAGGAUGUUUAUACGUGUUGAAACAUUGAUACUUAUGGCUAAAAUGAUUGCGUGAUGAUAGAGGCAUACGUAAAAUAUUUCAUUGUGUAUAUGGAAUAAACAUGGAUUUGUAAUAUUUACAAAUAGGAAAUGUCAGAGUACAUGUACUUCGAAACGGAUUAUAAUGCUUCAUAUCGAAUUAUCCAGACGUUAACCGCUUGCUAGUUAAAUAUACAAUUUAUAUUUGGAUAUACUUACUUAAAAUAAUAACUUAUUUUGAACAUACAUAGCAGUCUUGAAACGUAAAAGAAUAUUUGAAAAUGUCUCUAGACGACUACAGUGAUUUUAAAAUAAACGAAGGAAUAAAAGCUGUAUAUCCUCCGAUUCUAAUCGUAGUCGGACUAUUUGGAAAUAUCAUAUCAAUUAUUGUACUUGCACAACGAAAACAUAGAAAGACGUCAACUGGCUUGUUGCUCAUAUGUCUUGCAGUAACUGACAGUGUUAUACUUAUCUGUGUGUUGUUGGAUAACUGGUUGAGCCACUUGUUUGAGUUAAGCUUUUCAAAUUUGUCAAGUGUUUCGUGUAAACUACACAAUUUUAUAACGUACUUUUUGCUACACCUAUCACCUUGGAUUUUAGUCAUUGUUACGGCAGAACGUACGUGUUGUGUAUUGUAUCCUCAAAGAGUAAGACGUAUUUUUACAAGGAGAAGGGUACUUAUUUUGACAGUUGUUUGUAUAUUUUUCUUCGUUGUCUUAAACAGCCACCUUCUGUAUGGAUCAGAGCUAGUCUUCAACGAAAGUGUCAACAAAACUAGAUGUCACAUAACCGACAAGCACAUGGAUUUCAUGUUCAAAAUAUGGCCAUGGAUUGAUUUUCCUUUCGCAUUCGCGAUUCCGUUUUGUGUAUUACUUUGUGGCAAUAUUAUUGUGUUGAAAAAGAUCAAAUCGAGUCACCAUUUUAGGCAAAGGAGUGUCUUGAAAUCGAAAUACGAGAAUCGCUCAAAUGGGAGUGUAUUUAGUCGCAGUGGAAUAAGACGCACCCCGUACUUUACAACAAUAGCUGUAAUACUUAAUAUAACAUUUAUUGUGUUCGUUUCACCUUUUACUAUAUUUGCAAUAGGCCGACCGUACUGGUUUCCACAUGACACUAUGACGCCGAAGCGGCAGGCAAAGUUACUUCUAAUAGUAACCAUUAUGAAGAUGCUUAUGUAUACAAACAAUGCAAUAAAUUUUAUACUUUAUAUUCUUUGUGGUUCAAAAGUUAGAAAAGACACUGUCAAGCUGUUAUGCUGCAAACGGAGACGAUAAUAUCAACUUUUUGUGUUUGUAAAUUGUAAAAUGUAAACAAGACGCACUCUGCUAUUCAGGUUUAACUUCGACGUUUAAAUAUUAUGCGGCAUUAACCAAUGUCUAAAAUUAAAUAUUGAUUCACUAACCUAUAUUAUUUUUUUUAUUAAAAGCAUGAACAUGUUGCAUAAGAUUUGGCUGAAAGGAAAUGAAUUAAAGAGUAAUUAUUCAUGAUCGGUCAUUUUACUUGAACUUCAGAAGAAAUUAAAAUGCUUGGAAAACAUUCUAACUAAAUAUACACAAAUGCCCCCAGGGUUGUUUAAAAAGAGCCUUUUUUAAUGGAUGAUCGCUCGUUCUGAACUUGCUGUGUUGAAGUGUUAGGUUAUUUCCUUAUAAACUUGGAGUUUUCGAAGGGUCGAAGAAAAUAUAUAUAUGCCUGUUGCACAGUAAAUGGGCCAAAUGUGUUAGCAUCAAAGUCUAAAAUUAAAGUUCAAGAUUUCUAGACUGUUAAGCUUUUUGCAUGAAGUUGUAUGUUUUAACUUCAUAGAAAAGUAAAAUAAUAGAUAAAUUU